CCCGCCCCUCCGCUUGGACCAAGCUCGGUUGAGGUAUCGGGUGAGGAGGACCAUUGUAGUGCGGUUGGCGUGCGAGAGGGUCGCGGCCGCGAUGAACCGAGAGAUGAAAUAGAGCGGCUCCGAAAAAAAAAAACAAACAAAAUAAACAAGAAAGCCGACUGCUCGACAAACGACUAAACAAUGUUCCCGAAAGGCAAAGGAACCCCGGUGCCCUCGGACGGCCAAGCGCGAGAAAAGUUGGCUCUUUACGUCUACGAGUAUUUGCUCCACAUAGGAGCACAGAAGUCUGCACAGACCUUUUUGUCAGAGAUACGAUGGGAGAAGAACAUAACGCUCGGAGAACCCCCCGGAUUCCUGCAUUCCUGGUGGUGCGUAUUCUGGGACUUGUACUGCGCUGCGCCCGAGAGGAGAGAGACAUGUGACCACUCCAGUGAAGCCAAAGCCUUCCACGACUAUAGUGCAGCAGCGGCCCCCAGCCCUGUCAUGGGAGGGAUGCCCCCUGGUGACGGCAUGCCGGGAGGACCCAUGCCGCCCGGAUUUUUCCAGGGUCCUCCCGGUCCCCAGGGCUCUCCUCACCCUCAGCCUCCUCCCCCUAACAAUAUGAUGGGACCCCACAGUCAGUCCUUCAUGUCGCCUCGCUUCGCCGGAGGGCCGAGAGGUCCCCCCAUCAGGAUGGCAAACCAGCCACCAGGCGGGGGACCCGGCCCGCAUCCCAUGUUGCCUAAUAUGGACCCCACACGACCGCAGGGUCAUCCGAACCUGGGGCCCAUGCAGAGAAUGAGCGGCCCGCGGGGGAUGGGGCCGAUGGGGCCCGGCCCGCAGAACUUCGGCGGCGGGAUGAGGCCGCCGCACAACGCCAUGGGCCCCGGCAUGCCGGCAGUCAACAUGGGUCCGGGGACCGGGCGACCGUGGCCCAAUCCCAACAACGCUAAUUCUAUGCCUUACUCGUCGCCGUCUCCCGGCGCGUACGGGGGCGCAUCCGGAGGGGGACCGCCGGGGACUCCCAUCAUGCCCAGCCCCGCAGACUCCAACAACUCUGGCGAUAAUUUGUACACCAUGAUUAACACUGGACCCGGCAAUCGAAAUAACUUCCCGAUGGGCCCCGGCUCCGACGGACCCCUGGGAGCCAUGGCCGGGAUGGAACCGCACCACAUGAACGGCUCACUAGGUUCUGGUGAUCUGGACGGAAUGAACAAGAAUUCUCCAAACAAUUUAAGUGGCAUUAGCAAUCCCCCCGGGACCCCGAGGGACGAUGGAGAGCUGAGCGGGAACUUCCUUCACUCCUUUCAGAGCGAGAACUACUCUCCGACCAUGACGAUGAGCGUGUGACCCGACUCCCAUCCUCCUCUCUCCCCGCCAGCCUUACCCCUCGUAAUUUGCCAUCAUUCCAAGGAUUCGACACCCCCCCCCCCCCCCAAAUCAUUCCUGUCGGGCACGGCCAAAGGCAUCGGCAAAAGAAUCAGGGAUCCACACUCGACGCCAGAAAUCCUGGAACACGGGGGAAAACAAACCGGCCCUCGCACGACAAGGCCCCGGCUACUGAAAAGAUGGAUCGAUCCACGACGGCAACGUGCCCCCGCCCCCGCCCCCGCCCCGACACGCAGGGCCCCAACCACCCACCCGGCCGUGGUUUACCUCUUUUCUGAAUGAAUUUGCGCAGGAAGCGUCUCCCCUCCCCGGCUCGGGUCCACUUCAAACACUGGAGAGUCUACAUACGUGUACAUGUGCAUCGUGAGCUUUUCCCAGUCCAGUCCAGCCCCCCCCCCAACCCCGUCCGCCUUCUUUUCUGUGUCGCCGCCGUGCAAACGGACAAUUUCAUGUAUUAUCAUGUGUUUCCCCCGCAUAUUUGGGAUUCGUUACUUACAAAUUUGGAAAUUUUAAAAAAAGAAAAAUCCAAAUUCUCUCCGGUUUGCAGACAAGCUUGCAGUGAAGAAAAUAAGUAUUCGAACACGCUGCUGUAUUGCACAUCAUGGAGGGGUCUGGAAUUUUCAUCGUAGGUGCACGUCCACUGAGAGAGAGAGAGAGAGAGAGAUCAUCUCAAAAGAAAAAUCCAGGUCAGGAUUCAAGUACCGUAAUUCCCGGCCUACAAGGCGCGACUUUUUUCACAGCCGUCGUGCUAGUUAGCGUUAGCCCCGCCACAUUAACGUGGGCACCACCGUGCAAGCGUUAUCACCGCUGCGUUAGCAAUAGCACCGCCCUGCUAGCGUUAGCGCCGCCAUGUUAAGGUUAACGCCGUCACAUUACCGUUAGCGCCACCGUCUUAACGUUAGCACCGGCGCAUUAGCCUUAGCGCCGCCACGCUAGCGUUAAACUCUUUCUAUCACCAGGUGCGCUCUGUAGGCCAGGAUAUCACGAUACUUAUUUACAGCUAUAUUACAAAUAAAUCGUUAAAAAAAUCCUCCAUUGUGAUUUCUGGAUUUUUCUUUUUCGAUGAUCUCUUCUCACAGUGGACGUGCACCUCCAAUGAAAAUUUCAGACCCCUCCACACGGUUUCUAAGUGGGGGAACUUGCAAUAUAGCGCGGUGGUUAAAUACUUAUUUUCGUCACUGUACAUUUGCCAUAUUUGUUUGUCGGUGGUGCCAAGGAACUAUGUUGGAGUUAAGGGGGAGGAGCGUUUCACCUUGGACCCCCUUUGACUAUAAAAGUAGUUCUCCGGCGCCGUCUUUUUAUUAGAUUGGCCAAAUAGAAAAAUAUUACUUUGCUGCCAUUUUGUGGCAUUUAUAGGCAAUUAUAUAUCAGAAAAGGGGGGGGGGGCAAUUACUUUUAGAUUUGGGGUAUUUGUUAUGUAUAGUGGGGUUGGGGGGGGGGGCACAGUUCUUCAGUUUCACGUGUCCCAAGGAUUUUUGUCUGCAAGCUGGUCAGAAUUGAUCAUGAAAGCUGAUGAGCCCUCAAAUGGGUGGGGCGGGGUGGGGGGGACCCUGCCAAAAGUUGUUUUAGCCUUUUUUUUUUUUUUUAAUUUAAUUUUUUUUUUUUUUUUUUUUUUUUUACUGCUUUUAAGGUUUCCCAUUAAGUCCGUCUGGCUAGCAGACGUGGGCCCAAUAAAUGAAUGCCGACACUUAUGCAAAGCAGCUUGAGCAUUUUUAUUCUCCACCCCCCCCCCCAUCUCCAGCUUCAAGGCCGCGACACACUUCGACCUCACUAGUAAGACGAUUCGGUGCACUAGUAGAACGGCUGGCCUACAAGUUCCAUGUUUGUUUGUUUUUUUAAUUACAGUGUGACAUUUUUGCACACAUUUUUACAUUUUUUUUCAGCAAAAUGAUUGCAAGUUACUUCUUGGGUGCCGAUGAAUACAAAGGGCCUACCAGUUUUAAAAAAUUAAUAUUCAUCAAUGUAAAGACAUCACAUUUAUGAUGUGACGAUGUAAAAAGUUGGCACUAGUAUUGUAAAAGCGUGUUCUCUGUGUGUGCUGCAUUGUCUUACUAGUGAGGUCCAAGGUUGUACUAGUACACGAAUUUGACCCAUAUGCUCAAAAUGGCUUUCGUAGUGCUGCCCCCUAGUGGAUUUAUUUUAUUUUUAUUAUUUCUCAUGCGCUCACGUCGUUCUCGAACGGCAUCACUUGUAAUUGUUUUCCACCCCUCCACGCCCGCAUAUUUUUUGGGGAGUAAUAUUUUGAUACAAUCUUGGACCCGAGUUCGUCAAAGCCUCCCGAGCAGAUUCUCACCGGCGCCGUUCAAAACUUAGCAGCGGCCGUUUAAUCGUGACGUUGAUGAUUUUUAUUCGCUUUUUUUUUUUUUUUCUCCCUUUUCCUGUGAACAUUACAGACGUUUGUCCUGUUGUCUUUUAUUUGCUUCUAUUUUUUUAUUUCAAAAUUGAGGAAAGAUUGCUUGUUAAUAUAAUUUUACAAUAACUUAACUUCUAGUGUCUGUUUUUAUUUGUAUUUGAUUGUAUUUUUAGAAAUUUUUUUCUCUCCACUCACUGGGAACAUAUGGACGCUGCGGACACCGUUGCUAUUUAUUAGACAGUUAACAGACAUUAUCAUUCAACUGAGGCAUGGAAUAAAAAUGUGGCUUUAAUAUAAACUUUUUAGGUUGAUCUGUCUCCAGUUUUCGGGAAGGUGCAAAGUUUUUGACGGACGGUUUCACGUUUCUCGACCGGGAACGUGUUGCGCACGCGCGUCGAAUGGGGAAAAAUUCCACAGCAGGCGUGAAACUUUCCGGGAAGGCCCGCCUGCGCCUUUCUGUGACUCCUCCGGUCUCCGUGGCAGUCUGGUGGAACAGCUGGUAAAGUGUUGGCCUCACAGUUCUGAGGACCCGGGUUCGAUCCCGGCCCCGCCUGUGUGGAGUUUUCUUCGGGUGGGCACUCCUGUUUCCUCCCACAUCCCCAAAAACGUUAAUUGGACACUAAAUUGCCCCUAGGUGUGAUUGAUUGUGACUGCGGCUGUUUGUCUCCAUGUGCCCAGUGAUUGGCUGGCGACCAGUUCAGGGUGUGCCCCGCCUCCUGCCCGUUGACUGCUGGGAUAGGCUCCAGCACUCCCCGCGACCCUCGUGAGCAGGGGUGCCCAACACGGUGCCUGUGGCCCGCGAGGAAAGCUCUAAAAAUACCAUAGAGCACAAAUUGUUACUAUUAUUUGUGUUUUAAAUUCUGAAUCUGACUU